CUGCCCUCCGUAUAAAAGCCUUACAACUGGCACGAUCCGGACAGUGUACUGUAACCACCCCUAGUGACACCCUCGAAGAUUGUGUACUGGCCAAUAAUUCAUUGAAAUAAAAAUGGACCACUCCGAAUUCAGAGUCAAAGCCAAAGAGAUGGUGGACUACAUAGCGGACUACCUGGAGAACAUCCGCGACCGCCGCGUGUACCCUGGGGUACAGCCAGGGUACCUCCACAAGCUGCUGCCGAAGGAAGCCCCUCAUGCGCCGGAGAAGUGGGACGACAUCUUCAAGGAUGUAGAUGAGCACAUCAUGCCUGGGCUGGUCCACUGGCAGAGCCCACACAUGCACGCCUACUUCCCGGCUCUGACCUCGUACCCUUCCAUCAUGGGGGACAUGCUGUCCAGCGCUCUGAACGUACUGUGCUUUACUUGGGCGUCGUCACCAGCGGGAACUGAACUGGAGACCAUCGCAAUGAACUGGCUGGGCAAGGUGCUGGGUCUGCCGGAAUGCUUCCUCAACGAGAAGAACGAUAGCCCUGGUGGUGGAGUCAUUCAGACAACUGCCAGCGAAGCGACCCUCGUUAGUCUGCUGGCAGCAAGAACUCGGGCCCUAAUGGAACUAGCCGAGCUGAACUCCGACCUCCAGUCCUCAGAACUGCUGGGACACCUGAUCUGCUACUGCUCAGACCAGGCCCAUUCUUCGGUGGAGAAGGCUGGACUGAUUGGUCUGGUCAGGAUGAGGUACAUUGAGUCUGAUGAGAACCAGAGCAUGCGAGGAGCGAAGCUGGAGGAGGCCAUCAUCAGUGACAAGGCGAAAGGACUGGUGCCUUUCUGGGUGUGCGCAACCCUCGGCACCACAGGGUCGGUGGCGUUCGACAGCCUUCGGGAGAUCGGCGAGGUCUGCCGCCGGCAUUCCGCCUGGUUGCAUGUGGACGCUGCUUACGCUGGCAGCGCUUUUGUGUGCCCUGAGUUUCGUCAUUGGCUGGAUGGUGUGGAGUUGGCGGAUUCCUUCGCCUUCAACCCUUCUAAGUGGCUAAUGGUCAACUUCGACUGCACUGCUAUGUGGGUUAGGGACAGUACGGCUCUCCAUAGGACCUUCAACGUCAACCCUAUCUAUCUUAGACAUGAAAAUUCUGGCAAAGCCAUUGAUUACAUGCUCGGAAGUGAAAAAGCCAACAUCAAAAAUAAUGGAUCAAAAAUCAACCAAAUUGAGACCCCAGAGUCUAUUCACACCAAGCCUAUUCUACCGAAUAGUGAUGCGACCACAAACGGUGAUGAAUCAAGUGGUGAUGAUCUGUAUGGUGAUGAUGAUGAGACCGAUCUGCAUGGCUACCAUCAAAUGUCUGCUGGAUGUGGAGAGAAGAUACAACUAGAGAAUCCAGAUAAAAAGGAGCUGCUUCAUUGGCAAAUCCCCCUGAGUCGUCGAUUCAGGGCACUGAAGCUCUGGUUUGUAUUGAGGAAUUACGGAGUUGCUGGUCUUCAGAAGCACAUUCGUGAGAGUGUUCGUCUGGCUCAAAAGUUUGAAGCACUUGUUUUGGCUGACCAAAGAUUCGAAAUCCCUCAGCAGAGGAACCUUGGCAUGGUGGCCUUCCGUCUCCGUGGUGACAAUGCCCUAACCGAGCGUCUUUUGAAGAAGCUGAAUGCUCGAGGCUACAUCCACGCUGUUCCAGCCUGCUUCAAAGGGGUCUACGUGAUCCGGUUCACUGUCACCUCUCAGAGGACUACUAACCAGGACAUUUUGGAUGACUGGAAUGAAAUCAAGGUAGUAGCUUCGGAAAUACUCGUGGACGUAUUCGGCUCGGAGAACGGAAACAUCGUCGUGCCUAAGAGGCCCAGGAUCUCUUUGAAGGAAACCCGUGAGCUGAACGCCACCUUCGGCACCAGCCUUCUCCUCGCCAACAGUCCAAUGAGCCCCAAGAUCGUGAACGGUACCCACGCGGCCAUCUGCGACUAUGAACAGGUCCUGACUUCGUGCGCACAGACCUUCGCUCAGCUCAAAAUGGAACCUAAGGAUAGUCCUGAGAUGCGCCGGCGCAUCCGCGGCAUCAAGAUGUGCGGGAAGAUGUUCUCCCUCGAUUCCUGUAUGGACAUGGUGCAGGGCAUGAUGGCGGAGCAGCCCCUCCCUCUGUGCUGUGAGGACGAAAGGGAAGACGCUUCUAAUGGAUCCAGUCCUGGAGAAAGAACGUCGCAGUCUUCAUCGCCAGUGACUUCUAGCAGCACCAUCAAGCAAGAUGCUUACUCGGAUACCAACCAACUGCAAGUACCCCCUACACCUUCUAGGCAAUAUCGUUCUAAGUCCGUGGACGUAGCUCUUACAGGAUUGAAAUUAAAUGAUGCUAAAAUUACUAUUGAUAUGAAAAAUAGCGAAAUCAUCAUCACUCCAACUGGUUCUAAAGACAUAGCUGAUGAUCCAUUUGAAGCCAAAGCUGUUACUUUUAGCGAUAUCGAAGAUAAACUGAAUAUUGGAGACAAAAUAACUCAAGCCUUUGAGAAUUUUCAAGACGGCUUGCAAAUGCUGAGCGAUCUACGAACAAGCACUAGUGAUAAUAAUAUUGAGGAAGAGAAACCUGACGAUUUCAACGCUAAACUGACUAUUAAAGGUCCUGGUAGUUACAUUAAGAAGUUGAUCCAGCAGUUUAGCGAAGGCCCUUUCGAAUCAGAGGACGCUAAGCCAGAAUCUGAAAGAGCUAUGUCGACGUUAUCUAUUAGGGAUAAAGCUGAUGCUAUUUGCAAAAAAUGCUUGCAUUACAAAGGUAAAAUUAGCAAGUAAGGACAAUGUGUAACAUGGCAAUAAAGUGGUAAUGGAUAUUUUGCUAGAAUUGAAUACUUCUGAGAAUAUAGUGCACUAAUGUAGGUAGGUAUUCUAAAGUCUACAAAUUAUUUAAUAUAUUUUUAUUUAUAUAACAAAAUAUAUUAAUUUGUGACCUGAUUUUGUAGGACAUUUAGUUUGAUAACAACUAUAGUUAAUACGAAAUAAUAAAUGAUCUUAUUGUCGUAUAGAAAAGGCAUACAAACGCUGCACUAUGACAUAUUUUUGAAGUAUUCAAUUGUAGUGUGUAACAGUAAUAAUCAUUAUAUUAUUUUUGAUUAUUGGCCUAGAUUUUAAAAUUAAUUGUAAUUUUGUAGUAGAAUAAAAUCAAAGGACGAAUUUAUGUAAUGUCCUUCGGUGAUAUAGUAUCUAUAUUAUGAUCAUUUUAAAAUGUUAAGUAGAUAAUAAUUAUAGUCUGUUAUUCAAUAUUGCUUCGCAUUAUUGUGAUUAUUCCUAUAAAAAAAACUGA